UUGAAUGAAAAAAAUUGUUUGGAUUGUCUUCCAUUGACUCGCUCACUCUGUUUCUCUCUCUAAAAUCUUCUUCCAAAAUCUGCAUCCGUAGAUCUCUCUUCGCAAUCCCCGUUUGGAUCUUCAGAUGCGCGCCGUUUCGAUCGCGUUAUUAGUCGUUUCUCGCACUCGCAUUCUGAAGCAAUGUACUCUCAGAUUCAUACUGAUUCAUGUUUAAGGGCGGGACUAUAAUGAUCUGGGGAGCCAAGUGCAAAGAGAAUUAUAAUCGAGUGGGAAUUGGGGUGUGGUAUUUUUCUUAUCUGCCAACAAACUAUGGAAGGUGACAGGGAAAUCAUUGCUGCACCAAAUGGUGUAGUUGAUGGUGUUCAGAGAAUUAGAGCAUUGCACGGGAGGACGACUGGUCCUACAAGGCGUUCUACAAAAGGACAAUGGACUGCCGAAGAGGAUGAGAUUUUGCGUAAAGCUGUUCAGCGUUUUAAAGGAAAGAAUUGGAAAAAAAUAGCUGAGUGUUUCAAGGAUAGAACUGAUGUCCAGUGCCUGCAUAGAUGGCAGAAAGUCCUAAAUCCAGAUCUUGUCAAAGGUCCAUGGUCUAAAGAGGAAGAUGAAAUAAUUAUCGAAUUAGUGAAUCAAUAUGGGCCUAAAAAGUGGUCUACUAUUGCUCAGAGUUUACCUGGACGUAUUGGUAAGCAAUGUCGAGAAAGGUGGCAUAAUCAUCUUAAUCCUUCAAUAAACAAGGAAGCAUGGACACAGGAAGAGGAGUUGGCUCUAAUACGUGCUCAUCAAAUUUAUGGAAAUAAAUGGGCAGAACUAACAAAGUUCUUACCUGGAAGGACAGACAAUGCCAUAAAAAACCACUGGAACAGUUCUGUAAAAAAGAAAUUGGAUUCUUACUUGGCGUCAGGCUUGAUUACUCCGUUAUCAAAUGUACCGCUUGUUGGAAAUCCCAAUCAACCCAUGGCCUCAACCUCUUCAAAGUUGCAGUCUAGUGGAGAUGAAGCUGGUCAUAGGGGGACUGAAGGAGAGGAAGUUUCACAAUGUAGCCAGGAGUCAGCUAAUGCCACACAGUUUCCAUCUGCCAAAGAGAUGAGCAAUGUUUUACAAUACAGAGAGGAAUACAGAGGAAACGAAGAAUAUGGUCCUGGAAAGGGGUAUAGUCCUAGUCAAGCUUCUUGUUCAGAGCCAUAUUAUGUUUCUCUGGACGACAUCACUAUAUCUAUCCCAGAGAUGCCUCGCCAAGUGACUUCCUCCUCUCAAUUCAUUGAGCAAAAUUACUCACAAGAACCUGUAAAUCCAGCAGCCGGGGAUUGCCAUCAUAAUUUGCUUUCCUUGCCCAAUAUUUCCUCACUGGGUUUUGUGCAGGAAUCCACACAGUUGCAAAAUGAGUGUAUGGUUCAUGCUCACAGUGAAGGCCAUGAUAUGGCCGAUGCUCCAUUUCAGACUUCUGUAGAGCUAGCUGUUUCGACAUCCAUAAGACCUACUGCUAUGGACUCGCUACGAGAGCACAUGUUGAUAUCUGAUGAUGAAUGUUGCAGAGUUUUAUUUUCAGAGGCAAUAAGUGAUGACGGCCCUUCUUCUGUGGACUAUAAUAAAGGUGUACAUAUGGUUGACUUGUCUGGGUGCACUUCCAUUCUUCACGAGUCGUCUUUGCCAUCUGCCUCAGUACCUACUGCUAAUGAUGGUAGAUUGCAGUGUACUUCAGAAACAAAACAUUUACUUCAGCCUGAGGAUCAGCAGUUUGUCUCCAGAGCACACGAUGUUUAUGCUAAUGACUUAGCCAGUGCUUCUUCUAUUUAUGGUAUAUGUAGUGCAGAAAUGCAAGAGGAAUCUGAUAUAGUGAAUGACACUUCAAAAUUGAUCCCUGUAAAUAGUUUUGGCUGUGGACCAGAUACUAAAAAAACUGACCAUUCUAUCAUGGAAAAGCCGAAUGGGCAUGCAGAACAGGAAGACACAGGAGCUUUAUGUUAUGAACCUCCCCGUUUUCCUAGUUCGGAUAUUCCUUUCUUCAGCUGUGAUCUUGUACAAUCUGGCAGUGAUAUGCAGCAAGAAUUUAGUCCCCUUGGUAUUCGCCAGUUUAUGAUGUCCUCUAUGAACUGUCUGACUCCCUUUAGGUUAUGGGACUCACCUCGUCAUGAUAAAAGCCCGGAUGCUUUGUUGAAAAGUGCUGCUAAAACCUUCACAGGUACACCAUCAAUAUUAAAGAAACGACACCGUGAUUUUUUGUCUCCUCUAUCAGAUAAGAGACUUGACAAGAAACUUGAGACAUCCAACUUGAUAAAAAACUUUUCCCGACUGGAUGUCAUGUUUGAUGACAGUGAGACUCAGAAAGCAGAUCCACUUUCUCCAUCUCCAUUGAAGGAAAAUCUUGGGCCAUCUUCUGAAAUGGAACAAGUAGACAAGAAAAAUGAACCACCAAUGCUGGACGACAAUAAAUCAGUAAAUGAUAAAGAUGCUAGUGAUUUUCUGGAUAAGACCGAGCAACGAGCUCUCGAUGUUGAUUCUAAGAGGAACGAUGAUGUUAACACUACCGUUGAGAUUGUGCAACAACAUUCUGGAGUCUUGGUUGACCGUGAUCCGAAUAACUUGCUGUUGAAUUCUCCUAAGCAAGUUGGUGUGAAAUCAGACAUAGUAUUAAGUGCUAGAACAAAUAAACAUGCAUGCUCAAGUGUUAAGUCUCCUUGUAUUCGUGUGAAGGAGAAUGAGAGAGUUUCAAUUGCUCUUACAUGUGUACAAUCUGUUUGUUCAACAGCCGCCGUAGAAAACUUGGGUGAUCAAACAGGAAAAGAUGGAGGGUUUGAAACAUCCAGCAUAUUUAAUGAAACACCUUUUAGGAGAAGCCUUGAAUCACCUUCACCGUGGAAAUCUCCUUGGUUCAUAAAUACAUUUUUGUCUAGCCCCAGGAUUGAUACCGAAAUUACAAUUGAGGAUUUUGGGAUAUUCAUGAGCCCAUGUGAUAGAAGCUAUGAUGCAAUUGGGUUGAUGAAACAGGUUAGCGAACAAACUGCUGCUCAAUAUGCCAAUGCUCAUGAAAUUUUGGAAAAUGAAACUCCUAAGGCGUUACCAAAAGAUGCAUCUAGAAACAACAGGGAUGAGAACAAGGAAAAUAAUGAUCCACAGAAGCAGCAUGGGAACCAUUCUCAAUUGACUUCAAAAGCUUUGGUGGAGCGACGCAUACUUGACUUCAGUGAAUGCGGAUCACCAGGCAAGGGUGACAGCAGCAAAUCAUCAAGCAUGAUCUUAGAAAGUCCGUCGUCAUAUUUGAAGGAUUGUAGAUAGCUAUUCAAUUGUGUUAUUGCCAAAGCAAGUCUCCGGUUGCUUUGCUAUUCAUGUUUGAGUUUAUUUUUUAUACAUAGCAUGCAAUUUUUUAGGAUUUCUUUUUCUCUUUCUUUUUUAGUUAUUUAGUUUUUACAGUGAACAAGACUUGAAUUGUAAGAAAUAUUCCAUAUCAGUUCGUGAUGAUAUCACCUAUUCAGUGGCAAGAUUUAGACAUUUCUACAGCUUCGAUGUGUUGACUGUUGAACUUAGGCAGGAUUUUCGUACAAUUUGAAUUUGCUGAAUCAUAGCUGUUGAUAUUAUACUCUAA